AUGCGCUGUUUCGAUUUAAACCGUGCGCCGUUCCCGCCAACGCCUUCCUCGGGCCGUGCCGCCGACGCCGACGCGUCUCUCGCAGCCGUAAGACGAAAAAAGUGCGAUGACCCGAUUCGCCCGACUUCGCCCCCACAACCGGCCCACCCUCCGCUCCUUCGCGAAAUCCCAGACACCACGGCGGCGGACGGCCGACUGGGCGGAUUUGGCAAGUCCACCAGACCGCAAAGCAAUACGGGCAAUAUGUCGCAAUUUGAC